AUGCCACUUAUUGAUCCUGCGGAUGAACCUAAAGUUAAAUCAUGGCUGAUAGGAAUUUUGAAAGAACUUUGUCCUGCCGAUCCAGAAUUGUUGGCCGAUUACGUGAUUGCGCUAGUAAGAGACGCUGAUUAUUCAACAGUUUCCGGAGUUUUGAAGGAACAACUGAGUGAAUUCUUACAAGAUAGUGUUGAUAAUUUUGUGGACAGAUUUAUCACGUAUUUGAAAUCAUAUCAACAAAAAGCCCAAAAAGCACAACAGCCAAUUACAAAACAACCACCAACAACUACUCCUCAACAACCAUCACCAAUUGCUUCUUCAUCGGCAACAGCCACAAACGAAAAAAAACGAGUGAAAGAGGAGGAAGAAAUAAGAGAUACUAAGAAAGUGAAAACAUCGUUGACCACCUCAUCGACUCCAUCAAAGGAUACCUCAAAAUCAGAGCCCUCCGAUAACAAAUCAAAAUAUUCGCGAGAAAUCAAAGAUUACGACUCUGAAAGGAGGCGUGAUGACAAAAGAAAAGAUUCCCGAGAUAAUCGCGAUAACAGAAAAGAUUCUAGAGAUUCUAGGGAACGAGAUUCAAGAGACUCUUAUGACAAAAGAGACUCUCGAACAAGUAGAGAAACAAGCAAGUAUAGUAGGGACGGCAAAAAUCAAGACAAAGGAACUGAUAAGGAAUACCGAAAGAAAAUCACAGGAGAUACUAUCAAAGACGAAUACGGUAACGACAUUGUUGUGUUGAAUAAGGACAUUUUGACCGAUCCAUCAGUUGCAAGAUUACCAUCUGUUAAUACUAUCAUGUUGACAGGCGUUCCCUUCGAAUCGAAUCGUCUACACAAAAUGUAUCAUUUCUUUAAGAGAUUUGGUCCCAUUAAGAACAUUAUGAUCAAACAACAUAAUGGAAGAGCAUUUAUUCAAUUUGUAAAUAAGGAAGACGCUCAACAGGCUCUCCAAUCUCCUGACGCAAUUUUGGACAAUCGAUUCAUACAGUCCGCAUGGGCUAAAAGAACAGCUGCUGAAAUGGUAUUGGAACAUGGUUCAUCUGAAAAGGAGGAAAACCCAGAACAAAAAACAGAAGUCUUGAAACAAACUUCUGAAGUCAGUAAGAAGGCUGAAGAAAUUCUCUCUAAGCAAUUAGAAAUGUACAAGAGUUUGGAACAGAAGCUUGAACAAUCUGAAGGAGAACAAAAGAAGCAAUUAGCUGAGAUGUUGAAACAACUAGCCAAAUCCAUUGAGGAAACCUUAGCACAUCAAAAGAACAUACUGGGUAAAGCUCAAGAAAUUGGAAAAACAAAGCUUGAACAAAAACUAGAAUUCUUCAAGAGAAAGAAGGAAGAGCUCAAAGAUCAAAGUCUCGAUGAAGGGCUCAAACAAAUCACAGAAGCUAGCCCAUCAUUGGCUUCCUCUUCUUCAGCUGGAAGAGGAGCACCCUCUCUUAGAGGCAGAGGCGCUGCAUUAGUUUCUGGACGAUCUCUCGUUAAAGACAACAAAUCAACCACAUUGUAUGUAACGAACAUUCCUGAGAGCAAGAGAACUCAAGAUGACAUUCGUUCUCAUUUCUCAAAGUUUGGUAACGUGGAGAAUGUUGAAGUUUUGAACGAUGGAGCAUGUCUUGUUAAAUAUCGAUUCCGUUCUGAGGGAAUCAAGGCAUCCAAGGAAGGAACGGUAUUGGAUGGGAAUACUUUGGACUUCAAGUGGAAGGAGGAGCCAAAGCCAAACACAACAGACUCUAGUGCUGCCACCGCAACACCAGCAUCUACAACUAGUACUACUACCACCACUACUGCUCAACAAUAG